CGUGAUGACUUGAACCUGGGAAACUAUAUGAAGCACCACUUUCUGAAUUUGAAAAGACACCAUUUCAUCAUGGGACAGCAAAUUUCGGAUCAGACACAGUUGGUUCUUAACAAAUUACCCGAAAAAGUAGCAAAACAUGUUAUAUUGGUUCGAGAGAGUGGCUCCUUGACUUAUGAAGAAUUUCUUGGGAGAGUAGCUGAACUUAAUGAUGUAACUGCUAAGGUAGCUUCUGGCCAAGAGAAACACCUUCUCUUUGAGGUACAACCUGGCUCUGAUUCCUCUGCCUUUUGGAAAGUGGCUGUACGGGUGGUUUGCACCAAGAUUAAUAAAAGCACUGGCAUCGUGGAAGCAUCACGCAUCAUGAAUUUGUACCAGUUUAUUCAACUUCAUAAGGAUAUAACAAGUCAAGCUGCAGGAGUUUUGGCACAGAGUUCUACUUCUGAAAACGUUGAUGAAAACUCAUCAUCUGUAACAUCUUGUCAGGCUAGUCUUUGGAUGGGAAGGGUGAAGCAGCUGACGGAGGAAGAGGAGUGCUGUAUUUGUAUGGAUGGCCGAGCUGACCUCAUCCUGCCUUGCGCUCACAACUUUUGUCAGAAGUGUAUUGAUAAAUGGAGUGAUCGGCACAGGAAUUGCCCUAUUUGUCGUCUACAGAUGAGUGGAGCAAAUGAAUCCUGGGUGGUGUCAGAUGCACCCACGGAAGAUGAUAUGGCUAACUAUAUUCUGAACAUGGCAGAUGAGGCAGGCCAGCCCCAUCGGCCAUGACCUUCCGGUAAAGACACUUUGGUCAUAGAAAAUACGGGGCUUUGUAGAGACACAGACACAGAAGUUAUUUUUUGCAAUUCUGGCUAGUUGUCCUAUUUCUUUUGAUAAACUUUCCAUGUCUUCCAUUUGUGAUAAACUAAAAUUUACUACUGUUGUAGUCACUAUUUUCCUAUUAGUUAUCUAUUCUAAUAGAACUAACUGCUCUUAAAUUCUUUGCUGAAGUAAAAGUUACAUUUCCAGAAGCUUCUGAAACACCUUUUCAGGCCAGGAGCAUUUUAGAUCUUUUAGAUAGGUUCCAAAUAAACCAUGAAUGUGAAAAAGUUGUAGCCAUCUAAGAAAAAAAUGGAAUGACAGAUAAUGUAGAAUAUAUUAAAGUGCAUGUACUACUAGUCUAUCUGCUGGAAUCUAAGGAGUAUCUAUGCCCCCUUGUGGUUAAUUAUUGCUCCUUUAAUGAUUUUUACUUGAAAUGGUACAGUUAUUUCAUAAUUUUGGUAGUGUUUUGAAACUAUAUUUUUUACUUAAGUCUCCACCCUCCCUCCCCAGUGCUGCAUAAUUUGAGAGGAUUAUAAUACUGGGCAUGACUUUGGUGUCAUGGAUUUCUGCUGGGGAAUUGUCUUGGCUAUUCUGGAAGAGCUUCCUCACAGCUAGGAAGCUGUUCUACACAGCUGCUAUCAUUCCCCCCACUAACUCCCUAACCCCCCUCAUCCCACCCCCAUCUCUCAUACAUACAGUGUUCAGAGAAGCUCUGGGCGACUCACAGCAAUACUGGUUCAGUGAUGCUCAGACCCAGCAGGUGCUGGAGGCCAACAGGGUACUCAGGGUGCUGAGAAAGAAAUUGAACUUGGGGCCUCUGCCUGCCAGACAUAUGCUUCGGCCUUUUGAGAUGUCUCCAGGCCCUCUAAAAUCACUUUUUAGUAUUGCUUAUUUGGUGUUUCAGAUGGAACAUUUUCUUCCCCACAGAUCCUAAAUUGUGUAUUUCCAAGUUUUGAUAAAUCAUUCAAUAUUGGUUUAUGGGUAGUUACUUUUAUUUUCUUAGUUUGAAGGAAUCUUUAUGAAGUCUCAAGUCUUCAAAUUUAUUAGACCAAGAGAAAAUAAAGGUCCAGAGAUCACUCAGAGGGCUAGAGUUGCCUGUUUUGCAUGCUGGAGGCCUGAGUUUGAUCCCCAGAACUGCAUGGUUCCCUAGGCACAGCUAGCAUUGCCUCUGGAGUGGCCUAUGAGCAUCACUGAGUGUUGUCCAAAUUCUACCCUGCCCCCACCCACCAUCUCAAAAAAGAUAGAAAAACAAAACAAGGGUAUAUAGCCUUUUAAUUAUGUGUAUGUAAAACAUCUCUGAAAACUUGGAGAUAAUUUUUCUUACUAUUUCACUGUACUUCAGUUUCUUUGUAAAUGGUGCUUUUAAAAUGGAAAUUAUUGUCUUAUGUUAAACAUUAAUCUUUCAGGGUUGGACAUAAAGACAUAAAUCAAGUGGUAGAUAACAUGCCUAGUUGUGAUUUGCAUCCCCAGCACUGCAUGGCGCCACAGCACACUAUGCCAGCAACACAAUUGUGUCACCUAUAAAAUAAUUAACACUUCAAAAUAUUGUAAAACUAGGGGGCCAGAACUAUAGUACAAUGGGUAGGGCAUUUGCCUUGCAUGCAACCAACUUGGGUUCUACCUCCAUUGCCCCGUAUGGUGCCCCAUGCCCUCCAAGAGUGAUCCCUGAGUGCAGAGCCAGAGGUAAACCCUGAGCACAGCCAGGUAUACCCCUCCCCCACCCCCCAAAAACAAUAUAUUGUAAAACUAGAGUCUGAAAUGCCUUUUAAAAGGUAUGUUAACAUUCCACCUAGCUUUUCUG